AUGGAGGCCAGGGGACAAUGGAAGAGAAAGCUGUGUUGGCGGAUUACUCUCUGUAUACUGCUAGGCUUCGGAAAGAGGGUAACUGCGCAAAUAAAAUACAACGUUCCAGAGGAAGUGAAAGAAGGUUCUGUUGUUGGAAAUAUUGCAAAGGAUUUGAACCUUGAUAUCAGUCAUUUGGGCCACCGACGGUUUCGUAUUGUUUCUGGAUCUGAUGACGCUCUUUUCCAGGUAAAUCAGAACAAUGGCGAGUUGUAUGUCAAUAAGAUAAUCGACCGAGAGCUGCUUUGUGAUGGAAACACUAUUUGUUCGAUAAGUUUGAAAAGCGUUGUUGAAAACCCAUUAGAGGUGCAUUACAUAGAAGUGGAAAUUACCGAUGUGAAUGACAAUCCGCCUCUUUUCCCGAGAUCUGAGCAGCAAUUUGAAAUCGCUGAGCAUACGCCUUUGGGAACGCGUUUUCAAAUGCUUACAGCCCGAGACCCGGAUCUGGGAAUCAAUGCUGUUCGAUACUAUAAAUUGAGUCAGAACGAAUUAUUUGAUAUUGACGUUAGAGAAAGGCACGAAUCUAAAAUACCGUUUUUAGUUUUAAAGAAAGCACUGGACAGAGAGAGGCAGAGCAAACAUAGACUUACGCUGAUAGCUACAGACGGAGGAAAUCCACCAAAAUCAGGGACUCUUAACAUCAACGUUAUUGUCCUAGAUAUUAAUGAUAAUCGGCCCACAUUUAUUCGAGACUCAUAUUCCGCAACACUCCAGGAAAAUGCGCUUUUGGGCACUGUCGUUAUUACAAUUAAUGCAACUGAUUUAGACGAUGGAUUAAACGGCGAAAUUGAGUACUCUUUAGGCGAAAAUGUAAAUGGAAAAGUUCACGAUCUCUUCAUGCUUAACAAGGUCACUGGUGAGUUAGAGGUAAGAGGGAUCAUAGACUUUGAGGAAACAGAUGUAUUUAAAUUAGAUAUCCAGGCAUCGGAUAAAGGCCAGCCUCCGCUAAUAGCUGAGGCAGAACUUAGCAUUAAGGUUAUUGAUGUUAAUGAUAACUGUCCUGCGAUUGAGAUAACGUCACUGUCCAGUGUCGUAUCUGAAAAUGCAAGUCCUGGAACAGCUGUAGCUUUAAUCAGUGUUUCUGAUAAGGACUCUGGUGUCAAUGGCAGAGUAAUUUGCACAUUGCCCGAAAAUGUGCCAUUUGAAUUGAAAUCAUCAUUUAAAGAGAACAUGUAUUCUUUAGUGACAAAGGGGCAUUUAGAUAGAGAAGAAACAUCGAGGUACGAAAUCACUGUAACAGCCACUGAUUUAGGUCAGCCACCUCUUUCUGCGUCUAAAAUAUUUAAUAUAGAAGUCUCUGAUGUAAAUGAUAACUUUCCAGAGUUUACUCAGAAUGUUUUUGAACUAUAUUUACACGAAAACAACGUCCCUGGCGCUUCUAUAUUCUCCGUCGGUGCCCUUGACAAAGAUUUAAACGAGAACGCGGCAAUAAUAUAUAACCUAAAUCAAGGUGAUGCCACUUCUUUUUUAAACAUUAAUUCGGAAACAGGGGUUAUUUAUGCACUGAAAAGCUUUGACUUUGAGACUUUAAAAACUUUCCAAUUUCAAGUUGUUGCCUCAGACUCUGGAAGCCCCCCUCUUAGUAAGAAUGUGACAGUGAAAGUUUUUAUUUUGGAUCAAAACGACAAUGUUCCAGUAAUAUUAUAUCCAGUCAGCGCAAACGGUUCUGCUGAGGGUUUGGAGGACAUUCCCCGCAAUGUGAACGCAGGUCAUUUAGUGACUAAAGUCAGAGCUUAUGAUGCAGAUAUUGGAUACAACGGCUGGUUAUUGUUUUCCCUGCAGGAAGUUAGUGAUCACAGUCUCUUUAGUUUGGAUCGAUAUACAGGACAGAUAAGAACCCUUCGCUCAUUCACAGAAACAGACGAGAACCAGCAUAAACUGGUCAUACUGGUGAAAGACAAUGGGAACGUUUCUCUGUCAGCAACAGCGACUGUGAUUGUCAAAGUUGUGGAGCCCAAAGAGGCUUUUGCUGCUUCUGAUGUUGAACACGCAGUUAAAGACGAGGAGGAAGACAACGUGACAUUUUUUUUGAUCAUCACAUUGGGCUCUGUGUCAGUGCUUUUUAUCAUCAGUAUCAUCGUGUUGAUUGCAAUGCAGUGCUCUAAAUCUGCAAACUAUUCGUCUAAGUAUUUACAAGAUAUGAAUUACGACGGGACUCUGUGUCACAGCAUUCAGUACAGAUCUGGAGACAAACGGUACAUGCUAGUUGGACCCAGAAUGAGUAUCGGCUCGACUCUUGCACCUGGAAGUAAUAGAAAUACUCUAGUGAUACCAGAUCGCAGGAGGAGAGAUUCUGGAGAGGUAAGAUUGACUACUAUUUCUAUCCAUAAAUAUUGA